AACUUAAUAAGAUGUUUGGGGGUUUUUUUUGUAUGUAUAGGAAUAUAUGGAUUGAGUAAUUGUUUGUUGGAUACACCAUGGAAGAAACUUCAAUAUGGAAAGCAGCUUUUCACAGAAGUGGUCAAGAGAAGUCAAGACCUUACCAAAGAAGACUUGGUGCAGGAGCUUCUUACAGUGAUGAAUAAUCAAGAGCCUCAAUUACCAGACCCUGCAAUUGAAGACCAGGGGAAGGAUUAUAUACGUCCUAUAUUGGACAAGUAUGCAGCUGUAUGUGUUCGUUGCCCAGGUUAUGGAACAAGGACUAACACGGUCAUUCUCAUUGAUUCAGAAGGACGGGUUACUUUCACAGAGCGCAACUUGAUCAAUGCAGAUGACAACAAGUGGACAACAAGCACCUAUGAAUUCAAACUGCACGCUUAA